AUGGCUUCGAAACAACACGCCCACUUGCUAUCCCUAGUGAGAAGUAUGAUCCCACCUCUCUCACCUAAAUUACACAAAGGUCAAGCUGGUAGGAUCGGUGUACUGGGUGGAUCUGGAGACUACUCCGGAGCACCUUACUUCUCUUCCAUGGGAGCUAUGCGAUUCGGAGCUGAUCUGGCGCAUGUGAUCUGCGAGCCUGGUGCUGGAGCUGUCAUCAAGACAUAUUCCCCUGAUCUCAUCGUACAUGGUGUCCUGGACGAAUCGAAAUCAAUGGAUCAGAUUAAAGAGGAAUUGAAAGGUAUAUUGGCUAGACUGCACGUUCUCAUCGUCGGGCCAGGUUUAGGCCGCUCAGAGCACAUGCAGAACUGUGCCAAAGUAGCUUUCGAAAUUGCCAAAGAGAAUGAUCAGAUGGGUGUGGUAGUUGAUGCAGAUGGAUUAUGGCUGGUUCAGAACGAACCUCAGGUGGUCAUGGAUUGGCCAGGUGUACCUCGUAUCGUCUUAACUCCCAACAUCAUGGAAUUCAAGCGACUAUGCGAGAAAUUGCAAAUCGACCCCAAUUCCUCGCCCGAAACCUUAUGUCCCAAGCUCGCCUCUGCCCUUGGUAACGUGACAAUCAUCCAAAAAGGCUCUACCGACAUAAUUUCUAAUGGACUCAAGAUCCCUCCGUCUCUCAAGGCAGAAGGAAGCAGCGCACAAGGGAAAGAUGAUAUCUUGGAGAGCGAUACCGAAGGUGGUUUGAAAAGAGUUGGAGGUCAAGGUGAUAUCUUAUCGGGAAGUACUGGUGUACUAAUGGCCUGGGGAAGUGAAUGGGUCAAAGGAUCUUACAAACACGUCGGUCAUCCUCCUCCUUCAGAUAAGGGAAUCGCAGAGAACAUCCCUCUUCUCGCUGCGUAUGGUGCAUCAACUUUCAACAGAACGGUAUCAAAGAGAGGAUUCGAAAAGAAAGGCAGAAGUAUGGUCACUGGAGAUCUGGUUGAUCUGGUUGGGCCAGUAUAUGAGGAGUUGUUCGGGAAACCUGGCGAAGAGGAGGGUAAAGGAAAGCUUUAG